GCCGUAACCAAUCGGUCAGUCGAGAUUAUGGGAACGGCCGAAAUGCGGGUUAUGCCGUCCAGGGGCGCCAUAGGCGGACAAAGUGACACCGAGCCGCUUAGCGCACGCGUAGCCGCCACCGCUGAGCCUCUGUGACCUCCUCAACCACCGAUCCCAUUCUCCCCCUCUCCUUUCAUCCUCUGCGCCUUACAUUGUGUAUGAACCCUUUGGAACGCUAGUAACAUGCGCGUCCGCACACUCGAAAUCCGCUGGCACGACUCCAAGCCGAUAUCUACUUGCGACUUCCAGCCAAUCCCGUUCAAGAAGGCGCGCCCCGCACAGGACAAGCAGUUCCCUGCGCAAGCCUACCGCCUCGCGACUGGCGGCGAGGACAACCAUGUCAGAUUAUGGACGGUGCACCCGAACAUCCUGCCCCCAUCCCUGGUCGAGGGCACGUCUGAGACCCCUGCGCCGCGGCCGCCACGCGUCGAGUACCUCGCGACGCUCAGCAGGCACUCCGCCGCAGUGAACGUCGUGCGCUUCAGUCCGAACGGCGACCUGAUCGCGUCCGCGGGAGAUGAUGGCAUGAUCAUUGUCUGGGCCCCGACGGCGAGCCCGCAUGCGAGCAGCUACGGCAGCGACCUUACUCCUGAGGAUAUGCAAUAUGAGAAGGAGCACUGGAAGCCUCGAACCGCAUUCCGGUGCACGACCAUGCAGGUUUACGAUCUCGCCUGGAGCCCGACGGGCGAGUACAUCAUUGCGGGCAGUACAGACAACUGCGCCCGGAUAUUCACAGCGAGCGAAGGCAAGUGCGUGCACGAGAUCGCCGAGCACAAUCACUACGUCCAAGGCGUCGCCUGGGAUCCACUGAACGAAUACAUCGCAACACAGAGUAGUGAUCGCUCCAUGCACAUUUACAGCAUAUCGUACAAGUCUGGCGGCGCACUCGAGGUGCACGCCGUUGGCAAGAACGCGCGCAUGGGUCACCGCCACAGCCGGACGCCCAGUACCCAUGGGCGUCCACGAAACUUCCGACGCGAAUCGACGGCGAGCGAGACAGAGUCGGUGAUCACGAGCGUGAGCGAGCGGCUCAACGACGAGGUCGCCGCCUCACCCAGCUUGAAGGAGCAGCAGCCGCCACCCCCGGCGAUGCUCACUCCCACUGCGUCGGUCGCGAGCACGCCCUCGAUGACCAUGUUCCCACCCCCAUACGAGCGGCCAUCGUCGAGACGCUCCUCGUUCAGCGGCUCGAAUGCACCAAGUUCUCCCGCGAAUUAUAGUCGAUACGGACGCUCGCCGUCUCCGAUGCCCGCUCUUCCUGCUAUCCGUAUGGCUCCGACGGCGGCCUGGGCGUCCGUCAGGCUCUACGGCGACGAAAGUUUCUCCAACUUCUUCCGACGGCUGACGUUCAGCCCUGACGGCGGCCUCCUCCUAACCCCUGCCGGCCAGUUCGAGGACCCGUCCGUGAUACCUACCGCGAGCGCCAGCUCGUCCAAGUUCAGCGAGCAACAGACUCGGGGCCGCAAGGGUAACCCGAGCGGCGGUGACGCCAGGGACGGCUCGUCAUCCGUGUACAUCUACUCGCGCGCCAACUUUGCCCGGCCGCCUAUUGCGCGCCUGCCCGGGCACAAGAAGGCUAGUGUUGCGGUGCGCUUCUCGCCCAUUCUCUACGAGCUCCGUCCGGGCGUGUGGGCGUCCGAGUCCCAGGAGCCCAAGAGUGUCAUGCUCGACCCUGGGGUAGAGGUGUCAGUCGACGUUGAUAUCGGCAUUCAGCCCGGAUCGGCGCAGGAUAAGACCCCUCACCCGUCCCCCGUGAAGCCAUCGGGGAGCACGUUGUUGUCGGGGUCUGGGGGCAUCGCUGCGCCCUCGCCGCGCAUUGCCAUACCCACUGGGCCGAAUGCGGCGAUGAUGCCGUCCCCUGCGCUGUCUGCAACGGACUCGAUGCGUCCCCCUACGCCGGCAGCAUCGAAGCCUGGCACCCCGGCUCCGCCAAUGACCCCCACGGCGACUGCUUCCGUCUUCGCGCUGCCGUACAGGAUGCUGUACGCGGUUGCGACGAUGGACACCGUGAUGAUAUACGACACGCAGCAGGCGGGACCCGUCUGCCUCCUGACGAAGCUGCAUUACGACGAGUUCACGGACAUGUCCUGGUCGCCCGACGGCCAAUGCCUCAUGCUCUCUUCGCGCGACGGCUACUGCACGCUCGUCGUCUUCGACGAGAUCCUCCCCGCCUACCACACGCAGCAGCACACCCUCCAGCUGCAGUCCAUCGCGCACCACCACGCCCUGCCCCUCACCAACUCCGCGUCGUCGACAAUGGCGACGCCGCUCUCCACCCCCUCCACGCACGCCGUGGGCCUCCCCACCCUCUCGCCUAUCACCUCCCUCCCCAUGCCCCUGCCGACCCCGUCCAGCUCGAGCGUGCUGGGCAAGCGUAGCGCCGAGCCACCGCUCACGCCUGCUGCGAGUGUCGACGAGAACGUGCUCGGAGGGGGGAGGACGGCAAGCGAGGCGCUCGAGGGCCCGUCCGCCGGCUCCGGGGACGCGUCUGGGCCCGCGCAGGGCGAUGACGCGAAGGAACCCCCGAGGAAAAAACGGCGAGCUGCGCUCACGCGCGUGGGCGACCUCGGGUCGUGAUGCCGACUCGGUCUCGCUCGUUCUCGCCCCGCUCAGAGGCCGGCGAAGAACCGAGGGUCGCGAUUGUGCCCGUUUCACACCUGUCUUGCCGUCCCACCAGCUUGCUUAUGCUGGUCUGAGUUAUCUCUUGUGUAUCAUUUGUGAAUACUGUUUCCUUUGCGUCUCAUCCUAUCCGCUCUUGGUCGCGCCUGUUCCUCUAUCUCUCGUCUCCUGUCGUUGUCUCGUCUUGCCCAGCGGCCGCAUACUGUAAACCGUUAAGUUAGCCGCAACACGCGUCCUGUCUAAUCGCCCACAUCCUGUCUACCGUUCCUGCUUGUGUCUUCUUGAUAUCCUCCUGAAUUGAACCGUCCACGAUCCACGUGAAUGUCGUUGUCUCAAUUCGUAUUGCUAUUACGCACGCACGCUUGCCUCUAGGUUCCUCUUGUGUAACAGCAUGACCCUCAUAGCAACCCGCACAAAUCCCGUGUAACGAACUCGUCCUCCC